GACAGCAUGCAGAACCUGCGGCACAUCAACAGGCAGAUGAGGCUGCUGGACCUGCGGCUGCAGCUGCUCCGGGAGAGGCUGUGCUCGGCCCGCGUGAACCGGUGCCUCUUCUCCUGCUGCUGCCUGAACCAGCCCUGCUUCCGGAGAAGGUGCAUCGCUGCGAGAUACGAGAGAACGAAAAGGCUUGGCAUGAUGUUGAACUCAUGCACUGGUCAGAAUCUGGCUUUGAUCGAUGUGAAGGGUUUUAACCCCAGAGACAUCACGGUGACGGUCAAGGACGGGAAGGUGACGGUGUCAGCGGAGCGCAAGGUGGAGUGCAACACGGGCUGUUCAAAGACGAGUAACUACAAAAAGUUCGUGAAGGAAUUCUGCCUGCCGCCAGGGGUGUGUGACAAGGAGGUGACCUACUCCGUGGAACCCAAGUGCCUCCCGCCACCCAAGUGCUGCUCUUAUCUCUGCCCUUACUGAGCUGCAGCAGGAAGCCAAACCAGCCACGGCCAUUCCUCUGA